AUGAGCUUCCAAAGUUUGUUUACAUUACUUAUAUUAAUCAAAUGUGUUAUAUGUGCAAAAACAAAAUAUAAUAUCAAGCUAUCAAGGACCUAUUUAAAAUUUUUGGGAUGGGAGAAAAACAUCAAAACUACGCAGAUAAAACCUUUAUAUAUUAACAGAAUAAAUUUGUUAGGAAGAAAAAGCAAUAACAUAUGUAACAAUUUUAAGCAUAAUUUAUUUAUUAACAAACAUUACUUGAAAGAUUGCUUUAUAAGAAAUUCCUAUAAAAAUGUAAGUAUAAUAAAAAUUAGGCGUUUUAAUAAACUAUGGGCUAAAAAAAAAGGCGUAGGAAGCACAAAAAAUGGUAGGGAUAGUAACCCCAAGAACUUGGGUGUAAAGGUAUUAGGAAAUAAUUUUGCGCAUGCUGGUAAUAUUAUAGUUAGACAAAGAGGAAGAACCUUUAAGCCUGGAUAUGGGGUAAAACAAGGAAGAGAUUAUACACUAACUGCCAUCAAAUCCGGAAAGGUUCAUUUUUUUAACCGCGUUGUAAGCAUUAUCGAUGUUAGUAAUCCUAAGCCAAUGACAUUUAGAGAUGUUUACCGAGAGGAUCCUACCAUCAUAAGUUUAUCAAAAAUGUGGACAUCAGUUUAA